AUGUCGUCUUCUACAGAAUCUGCUCAGUCCUGUCUACCUAAAGUUACAAGUCAGCCGUAUCAGCCAAUGUCCGCUUUCGUCUUUCCAAAGCGUACCUUCGGUAAGAAAGUAGUCGUCAGACGAUCGUGUCAGUCGCCUUGGUUUGAAAAGCGGAAAUGGCUGCACUAUUCCACUAAGGAUGAUGCCGUCUUCUGCCACGUGUGUGUGGUAGCGUUGCAAUCGAAGAAGAUCAAGUGGCAGAAAGGGGACCCUUCCUUUGUAUCAAAGGGGUUUUCCGCCUGGAAGGAAGCCACGGUGGCAUUCAAAUCUCAUGAAUCGUCGUCUUGCCACAGGGAGGCAAUGCAAAUGAUCGUUGAAUUGCCCAAAACUUGCCCAGAUGUAGGCAAGAUGCUGUCUAGAGAGCACGCAACUGAGAAGGGACAGAACAGGGAGUGUUUACUUAAGAUCAUCUCCAAUUUGAAGUUUUUAACCAGACAGGGAUUACCGGUUCGAGGAGAUGGAGAUGAGACUGACUCUAACUUUAUUCAGUUACUGAAGUUACGUGGUCAAGAUGAUCCUCUACUAAAAUGCUGGCUGACUAGAAAGUCAAGCAAAUAUGUAUCUCAUGACAUGCGAAAUGAGUUCAUAAACAUCAUGGCAUUGUCUAUUCUUCGAGAAAUAGCUGAAUGUAUCCAGAAGUCUACAAUUUUCUCCAUCAUGUGUGACGAAUGCACAGACUCAUCCAACAGAGAGCAGCUGGUAUUAUGUAUUCGCUGGAUUGAUCAUGGCAAUUUAGAGCCACAAGAAGAUGUCAUUGGUACGUACCAGAUUGAUGACAUCUCAGCACAUACCGUUGUCAGUGUCAUCAGAGAUAUGCUGGUACUCAUGAACUUCUCACUGUCAAGAUGCCGAGGGCAAUGCUAUAAUGGUGCUGCCAACAUGAAGGGUGGGAAUACCGGUGUUGCAAAGCAGCUAUUGGAUGAAGAACCCCGAGCUUUAUACACCCAUUGCUACGGGCACGCGUUAAACUUGGCUGUUGGGGAUGCUGUAAAACAUUGCAAAGUGAUGAAGGAUGCACUGGACACCACUUAUGAAGUCUCAAAGCUUGUGAAGUACUCUCCAAAAAGGGAUACUGCUUUGCAAAAGUUGAAGGAAAGUCUUGCACCAGACACCCCUGGUUUCCGCACAUUGUGUCCAACAAGGUGGACGGUCAGGGCAGACUCUUUAAAGUCAGAAAUUGAUAACUACUGUGUUCUGCAGGAGCUUUGGGAGACGUCCAAAGACUAUGUAUCUGAUCCUGCUAUCAAGGGCCGCAUCAUUGGUGUUCUAUUCCAGUUUAGAACGUUUCAAUAUUUGUUUGAGAGACGACACACAGUUCGAUCGUUGCUGAAGGGUCUUCAAGAGACAAGAACUAAAUUAGAUGUUGAUGACCCUGUCCUGCCCGGAAAGAGGAAAGUUCCAAGGCGAUAUGAGGAGGGCAGUGCUGAACCUGAGUUUUUCGAUGUUUGCAAGCAAUUUUAUUGCCAGCAAUAUUACGAAGCACUCGAUUUAUUUGUGAAUGCUAUUCAAGCCAGAUUUGAUCAACCCGGAUUCAAAAUGUACCGCAACUUGCAAGACCUUUUGCUACAGGCUGUCAAGAGUGACGAUUAUAGAGAAUGCCUCAACCAUGUCACUUCAUUGUGUCAUGACGAUUUAGAUGCCCAACAACUGCAGCUUCAUCAUGAAAUUUUGCAAGCCAACUUUGUUCUCGUAGACAAGACUUCUGUGACAGUUUGCAUGACAUUAGGGACUACAUCUUGA